AUGGAGGAUCCCGACAUGCGACAACAGAAGCUGGACAACCAGGUAAAGUAAUGGAUUAUACAUUUUGGUUGAUAUUUGGAUCUGAAUAGACUAGACUUGCCCUGUCAUGUUUUAAAUGGUGUCAGACUUUUAAUGCACUCCAAUUUACUUGCAGCUUGUUAUACAUAGUAAAAUUAUGCUUGAAUUUUAGGCUAUAUGGAGUUCCUUUUUGAUUCACAUAUAAGAUGAAUAUGGGCAGACUGGCAGAGGAUCAAAAGCCCAAACUUUUCCUCCUUAAAUUAGGUCACAAGUGGUUAAAACUGACGAAGAGCUCUCUUGAGUCUCAUGAGGUCAAGGCUUCCUGUGUCAGAACCACCUGCUGUUUGGAGCCACUGCUAACCUUUAUACCAGCUUUGUCUCAGCUGGAGUAGCCCGGUUUUAAAGGGCCUUUACCAGUAGAGAACAAGUGGGGCAAGUUCUGAUAUUCAUAUUAACAUCAAUAACUGUUGUGAUGUGCUGUGUAAACUUGGUAACACGUGUGUCGUGCUCAUAUUUAUGAAUAUUUUGUUUACGUAGCAUGUAGGGGGCUGAACCUGCACUGAUUAAGCCUAACAUUAACUUUAAUAGGAAUAAUCCCAAAUUACUCCCAUUUGAGUUGUAAAAAUGCAUGUUGACAGGUAUUUCAAAUCUAUGAAUCAGUGAUUCCAUCAUCCCCCACAAUGUCGUGAAAUACUGCCUCUCUUACAUGUUCAAUAGAAUUUAAUGAUCCAAAUCAGCCAAAGCACCAUUAAACCAAAUCUCAGGAGACCAUUAAACAGAGUUAGUGUUUUUAUUAGUUAUCCAUGCCUACUGUUUGUGCUCUUCGUUUGAUAGCUAGCUUAAACCUUUGAAAUUGGUGUUUUAAACUCAUUGGCUGAAAUCUGUCUCUUAAUCAAUUUGUAUUUAUAUCAACAUGUGCUGCUGACCUCUUAGCCAGGUCACCCUCCUAAAUGAGAUCUCAAUAUCAGUGGGUUAUUUACCUGGUUAAAUAAAAUAAAAACCUUAAGUGGAUCCUUAUCACGUUAAUUAUUUUAUUGUGUUGUUAUGAUAACAGUUGAUAAUCCUAUGGGCUUUGGUUUAUGGUGAGUUCAGUUUGUCAUAGUAUGACGAAAAAGAGCUCUAGGACAUUUGUAUUUAAUGAUAAAUACCAAUCCUACAUAUUUUUUACAAUAUGUGCCAUAACCAGUGUGUAUGACCCAAGUACUAGAAGUGGAAAGAUUACAUCUUGAACUUGUGGAAAUUUCAAAAGGUGAACGCGAAGUGAAGAUGCACUAUUUCUUUGAUUCAUAUUAAGUUUGAAUGAAUUCCGAUGCACAAUUGUCCCACAGCGAACCCUUCUAAUGAAAAAGCAGCAAAAGAAAAGAGCUGAUUCUCAAAUGGUGGUGGCCAACCGAGAUGCUCGGCAAAAGAAUCGAAAGCAGAGGGCUGUCUGCUCUGAUGAAACACCUUUGCUCAUCAGCCAAUCACUAAGCAACACUUCUCUUACUGGUUAGUAUGAGAAAUAAUCAUUACUUCAUCCACCCUGUGUCCUGCCUACAUGUUUAACUUUUUUUAAUGUUUUUUUUGUUUUUGAAGAUCAAGUUGAGCAUGCCCAUGAUAACCCACUGGAUGAGAUCACGCUGGGUGAGAGUGACAUAACAAUGAGCUCAGCAAUUGAUGGGCUGCCCUCGGAAAAGCUUAUGGCUCCAAAGACAAAGACAAUGAACUUAGAGGUUGACAAGGAGCCAGACAGGAAGAGUGAGGUGGAGAAUGAUGCCCAGGUGGAGGGGAAAAAAACAAAGAGGAAAGAAGUGAAAAAAGAUAAGGCCAAACGUAAGUUUUUCAAGUAUCUCACUCUGGUAUGAAUGCAUUUCAAUAUGAUUUCUGUUUUUUUUUCUAAUUGUGUGCAUGCAUAUUAGAAUUCUAAGGCUUUAAGCCAGCUUUUACAUGCACUAGUAAUGUCCUGCAUUUUUACAUUAAAAAUUGAUUUAUCAAAAUUUUAUUCCUUUUCAGAAAUUGAACAGAAUGAUGAAAAGGAGGAGAUGGAAAAAGAAAAUGAGAAAAAGGAGAAAAAAACAAAGAAAAAAGACAAAGCAAAGGAAUCUGAUAACCCUCAGAAGACAAACAAGACAACAAAACAAGAGGGGAAAAGUAAAACCAAUGUUCACUUUCUAAUGAGCAUAACAGUAAUAUCAUUUUAGAAUCAUAUGAAUACUCAGAGUUGAACUUGGAAUGAAUCCAGCUACUGGUUAAGAAACUAUGAGAAUUUCUAUUUGCACAAUAAAAUAUUAAAACGCUCAAUCUUUGUUUCUGAUUCUCCUCAUUUGCAGAGAAGAAGGCUUCAACCCAGGAGACAGAGGCAGAGGUGGAGGCAGCGAGCAGCCCAAAAGAUAAGAAUCAUGACCAAAGUGACGAUGAGGGAGAUUCACAGAAGGCCAAACCUCAAUCACCUAAGAGGAAAAAAAAACUUGACACAAGUAAAAGAAAAUAUCUUCUCAAAUACAUCACCAAGAAUAUUGUACAGCUGCUGUAAAAAAUAAUGAUUCAUGUGUCAUUUUUCAGCCCGGUGCCAAAUAAGUGAUGAAAGCAAAGAUGAAGAAAAUGAGGGGAAUGGGAAGAAGGGGAAAAAAGCACACAAAUCUGAGAAGAUAACACACAGUCUAGCAAGUCUAAACUCAAACUACAGAGAGAGUUCAUCUUCAGGCAGUGAAAAAUAUGAAAGGGUGAGACGUAAUGAAAAACAAAUACAUUAACAAUCAGGAAAGUUUGUUCCUUCUUUUGGUUUAAUUGGAAAGUUUAUGAGUCACAUUCUGUCAUUUCAGUCAAUAUCUCCAAUGUCAGUGGAGGAUCUUGAGAAGUUUGCUUUGCGUCCAGCUCCGAGAGAUGUGACUAUCCAGUGCAGGGUCACCAGAGACAGGCGAGGGAUGGAGAAGGGCAUUUACCCAACUUACUACCUACACAUGGAAAAGGAGGACGGCAAAAGGGUGAUCUCUUAUGCCAAAACUUUAACAAUGUGCUCAUUGAUUUUAGCUUGAAUGAUCCGUGAAAUUCUUCUCAUUGAUUCUCUGUUUCUGUUUUAAUAUUUGUUUGUUGUUUCAUCAUCAAGGUGUUUCUAAUGGCAGGCAGAAAAAGAAAGAAGUGCAAAACGUCCAACUAUCUCAUCUCCACUGAUGCAACAAAUCUGUCCAGAGACACAAACUGCUACAUAGGAAAACUAAGGUAUGACUCUUUUACCUCUAACUUAUAAAAGCACAUUAUUUUUUAUUUCAACCGCAUUAUAUUAUCAAAACUGUUAGCAAAUUCUGUGUUAUGUGAUUUAAUCCCCUUCAGGUCAUGUUUUAAAAUCCAUCAUUAUCUUUCCAAAUAAAUGACACAGACCCAUCAUAGUAGGAACAACACUGGAAUAGCUUGUAUUAAUAACAGAGGCUCUGCUCCAUGGGAUUGCCUCAUUAAGUUCUGCUAAUUAGACAGUAUGCCUAACACCAGGUCUUUGGCACUGAAACAAGGGAGUUGGAAUGGAGCCAUCAUUAAUAGUAUUAUCGACACCUCGCGUGUGCAGCGCACUAAGCUGCACACCUUUCCUGAAGUCAGCAGAAUACAGGGAAAAUAGUGAUGCACAAUAAGUGGGCUCAUGUGGUCCUCAGCAAAGUCCAAAAAAGAAGGUUGUGCUAAAAUUUGGAAAAUUACAUUUUGUUUCUUCACCUUCCACUCACUUGUUCUUAAAACCUUCUCUGAAAAUAAACAGUGACACUGGAGGAGUCAUAUCUUACAUUUGUUACAAGGGGUACUUAACAAGCUGUACCCAAAGUUUAAAUGCUGCUGUGAAUUUUGGGUAAAAUAAUACACAGCAAAUUUUGGAGGAAGAUAAAAGGAAGAGCACCACUGUAACUUCAAAAAUAUCCCUUUUACAUGACUAUUAACAUUAUCAUCUCUCUCCUGGAUCAAAAAUCCUGUGUCUAAUAGAACGUAUGUGUUCCAGGUCCAAUGUUCUGGGCACGAAGUUUACGGUCUAUGAUGGAGGGGAAAAUCCUGAAAAGAAGCCUUUUAUCAAAGAGUGUGAAUCAUUGCGGCAAGAACUGGCAGCAAUUUGCUAUGUGAGUUCAAACUCAUUCUAUUUAAUUUAUUCUACAUUAAAGAGCAUGACAUACACACAGAUUUUCAGUUCCAGUUUUAAAGCAUCUAAUUUAGUAUUUAGUGUUUGAUAUUUGCUUUGUUAAAGCCUUAAGUGACCUUUUCUGGAAACAAGGUGGCUGUGUUCGCUUGAAGCCACACAGCCCAAAAAACUUUUUGGUUGUUGAUUUUGCUCUACUUUGACCAAAUAUAUACCACAUUUUCUUGAAGAGGACAUAAAAUUUGCAUUAGAGACUCUUACCCUUUCAUGAAUAUGUUUGAUAAGUUGUGAUCUAAACUGAGAAGUAAGUGUGUUAUCCCAUCUGGUUUAAUACAAUCAGACUUUUAUUUAAAUAUGUGCAGUUGCCCCCUGCUGGUCAUUAGAAAGAAUACAGGUCCAAGGCCCUUCAUUGGUUUUCACUUUUGAAACCAAAAGAAUAUGUCCGCCUCCUAUUUAUAGUCUAUGCAUUUAAGCAUGAUAUAAACCUGUGUUAAACUAGCAUCAUCUUAUUGCAGGAGACAAAUGUGCUGGGCUUUAAAGGUCCCAGAAAGAUGACUGUGAUCAUCCCUGGCAUGCUGGAGAAUGACGAAAGAGUGUCCAUUCGUCCCAAAAAUGUAGGUUUGGUCUGUAAUCAUUGAAUUUAUAACAUUUAAAUAGAGAAUACAUCCUCAGUUUAACUUGUGUUACAGGAUCUUGAGACUCUACUAGUCCGUCAUGCCAACAACAACACAGAGAAACUGGUCACACUGGUGAACAAAUCCCCAAGCUGGAACGAACAGACUCAGUCAUAUGUGCUUAACUUUCAUGGACGUGUCACACAGGCUUCUGUCAAGAACUUCCAGAUCAUCCACCCUGACAACGGUAAGAUGCGCCAACCUUCUUAUUUCUCAAAAGUAAAAUCACCAUCAUAUCUUAUUCUGUAGUGCUAUCAACUGUCCCUGCACUUUCCCAGAUGACUAUAUAGUGAUGCAGUUUGGCCGUGUAGCUGAGGAUGUCUUCUCCAUGGACUACAGUUUCCCCCUGUGUGCCCUGCAAGCCUUUGCCAUCACCCUGUCAUCAUUUGAUGGUAAACUGGCAUGUGAGUGA